UCUCUCGCCCGCCCCCUCCCUCUCUCUCCUUGUGCUACGACAGCAUUUUAAAAACAGGACAGUAAACAUACAAGCGGACACAGGUUCCGUGAGGGUUGAAGAGUUGAGAGUUUCACAAAGACGUUUCACCUCUCAUCCAAGAGGCUUCUUCAGUUCAUACGUCAGAAGACUUGAGAGACGCAGACAUGACAGACCCAGUCAAAGAGCUGAUCAAAAAGUGUCUCCAGGCUCGGGACAUGGCUUACUGCCCAUACAGCCACUUUCCCGUAGGGGCGGCCAUAUUGACAACAGAGGGCGCCAUUAUCUCAGGCUGUAACGUAGAGAAUGCAUCAUAUGGUCUGACGGUGUGUGCCGAGCGGACGGCCAUCCAGAGAGCUGUGGCGGAGGGAUACAGAAAGUUCACGGCCAUCGCUGUGACGUGUGACAUCACGGACAGUUUUGUGGGGCCAUGUGGAGCAUGUCGACAGGUUCUUAUGGAGUUUGGUUCAGAGUGGACCGUGUACCUGACCAAACCUGAUGGAUCCUACAAGGAAACCAGCCUGAGUCAACUGUUGCCUUUGGCCUUUUCUCCAACUCACCUGGCUAAGAGCUAAACAGAAACAGCACUAACGGUGAUGUUACAUUAUAGCAAGCAAAAGAAGAGUUUUGUUUUGAUCAUCGGCAUAUCUGGAUUUUGCAUGAACAAAUAAUAAAAGUAUUUUUAUCCAUACA